AUGGGUUCUGCACACAGCUCACACCAACGCAAGAGCACAGCYGCUGGUCUCCAGGCCUGCACACCGGGCGCCACGGGGCGCCCUGCUCCCUGCAGGGGCAUGGAGGGGAAGAGCUCGGGGUGCUGUGAGGCCCCCAAGAAGCUGGGCCUGUCCUUCUCCAUCGAGGCCAUCCUCAAGAGGCCCACGGAGAGGAGAGAUGCAGCCGGGUCACCAGGGGCCKGUGGAGGGAGCCCGGGGCAGGCAGCGGCGGAAAGUUCCAGGCUGGCGAAGUCCCCGCAGCACCAGCCCCCGGAGGAGAGGAAGAGCAGGCGCAGGGUCCGCACCACCUUCACCACGGAGCAGCUGCGGGAGCUGGAGAAGACCUUCCAGCUCACCCACUACCCCGACGUCCACGUCCGCAGCCAGCUGGCCACCAGGAUCAACCUGCCAGAAGCUCGGGUGCAGAUCUGGUUCCAGAAUCAGCGAGCCAAGUGGCGGAAGCAGGAGAAGACCGGCAGCCUGGGCGCCCUGCAGCAGCUGGGUGAGGCCGACGUGGCCCUGCCCGUGAACCUGGACGUGGCUGGCUCCGUGCUGACACCCUCUGCUCUGCCCGGGCUGGCUCCCCCCACAGGCUGCUACCCACCUGCUCAACGUCAGCUGCCCUCUGCCUGGGUCCCCGCCCACAUGGCCCUCCUCCCGCAGCACCCAUGGGAGAUGCCACCCUUCCAGGGCCCUCUGCUCCCCCAGACCUGCCUCCCCGCCCUCGGCCUCCUUCCACCUCCGCACCCCAGCUGGGGCGGCAUCUGUGCCACUUCAACCUAG